UGGGCGGAGCGGCCGCGGUCCUCGCACGCCUCCCGUCCGCCGCUGCCGCCAUGGAGGGCUUCGUGGAGUUCACCAACCGUAGCCAGGGCCGCGACCAGCUCUUCCGAGCCACUCAGUACACAUGCAUGUUGCUUAGCUAUUUAAUAGAGCGUAAGGCUGAUAAAGAGAAGCUGGUAAUGAAACUCAAGCAGUUGGAGUCUAGCAUGAGCUCUGGCCGCAAAAUGUUCAGACUGGGCAACAUGGUGCACGCCUUGGUAGCAGCCAGAAGAACUACACAGCUGCCAGAUGUGGUUCCUCGCUUCUGCCUUACAGCCUCCAACCUGACCCGAGCCCUCUACUUCGUCUGCGAUGCGGUGCUGUGGUUGAACAGUGUCGGGCUCCAACCUGAUAUUGAUAAGCCAAAGUGGCGGAAUUGGGCUACCAAGUGCUACUACAUUUCGCUCUUGAUGAAUCUAGGCAGGGACUGGUAUGAGAUCUCCUGGAGGCUGGAACAAGCUAUACAGGAAGAAAAGAUAAAGGAGAACUCAUGCUGGGACAAACACAGUCAGGAACUUAACAGUGUGAAAAGUGAUGGUGUGCAUGGUUUUCUCCUCCUGCUGCUUCAGAUAUUGAAGAAGCAUCCUCCUUUGCUGCUGGACUUGGUGAAGAAUCUCUGUGAUCUCUCAGGUCCUUUGGAUACGCUAGGGAUCUACAAGACCAACCCAGGAGUGAUUGGUUUUUGUGGUGUCCUCUCCUCCCUGGUGGGGAUCCUCACAUUAGCCAGCCCACAUCUGAAGCUGAAACAGUGACAUGAAAGGAUAUGUAUAGUAUGCAGCAAGCCAACGCCUUUGGUCCUCUGAUAGGUUUUUAUCCUCCAUAUGGCACUUUCAAAAUGGACCUGUCUCACAGUAACCUCAAGAUUAAUUUUGUCCUCUGAAUAAGUGAUUUCUACCCUUUAUUCUUCCCUGUGUCUUUGCAGAUGAGUUUGGUGCCAUGACACACUCCCUGAUGGAAUAAGUGGAGAUGGGAGAAGGCAUAAACAGGACAUGGCUGCUAGAUAAGGAAAUAUUGAUGUUCCUAUAUUUUAAUACAGGGUUGUGAAAUAGCUGCUUAGACAGCUGCAAUAGGUAUAUGACUCAUAACUAAUCGUGUUUACACUGGAAAGCUGGAAUUCCCUGUUCAAAGGUCCCUACAGUCAGGUUUUCUAUAGUGGGCUCAGGCAAGUUAGGAGCUGUUGUUAAAAUGGCCUGAACUCAAGUACAGGUGUUCUGAUGGGUUUGGGUUGCUGGAUCCUGCUGUGGUUUGUAGGUAGUGGUUUGAAUGCAGUGUGAUGGUAACUCAAGAGUGAUAUGAUCUCUGUCACAUGCACUGAUGACACUGGAUCUGUAGUCUAGUGAGUGCCAGUGUCCCAAGAAAUUAGCACUGUGCUCUUUUCCUUCAGUGAUGUGAGCCAAGGACCAUUGGCCACCGGCUCUGACUUCUCCAGCAGCCCAUGGCUGCGGGUUUUGGUGAAGGACUCAUGAGUGCUUGUCUGAGUGCUGAUGAUGCUGUGAUUUGUCAGGAACUGGGUUUCCAAAACUGUGAAUCUGAAACCACUCACAAGCACUAAAUAUCCUAAUACAUGCACCUUAACUCCCAAACCCCUGUGACUGCGAGUGCAACAAUUUUCCAUUAAUCAUAUUGUGAUAAGGAGCUUGUUUUGCUGUUUUAAUUUUAUGUGAAAAGUCCCAGUAUAAUGAGGAGCUUUGGAACAUGCAGUUGAGGAGUUGAGCCUGGCUUAGAGCUUGUUGAGUCAGGAAAACUGCAAGGGAGUGUUUCUAGUUGUGUAAGCUCCCAGAGGGAAGGGAGUGGAGUUGGUCAUGAUAAUACCAAAAUCCCCUGUGAGAGCUGAAGCUUAUAACUGGAUUUGGGCAUUCAUGGGUUAGAUUUUCCUGUCUGGUCCUCCCUCCCCUCCUCUCUCAUGACCACAAGGUUUCUUGUGUGUUACCCCCCUGGUUGAAUGGGUUCUACCAUUUGAAAUGCCUUAUGUUUGCCCUGCAACUGUAUUAUUAUUCAUUAAUUCCCUCACUGGGAAUGGUUGCCUGGCAGUGUCAUCUGAGUUAAAAGAGAAAUGCUGUGUCCAGCUGUCUAAUGUGGCAUGAAGUGCUUGUUGCUUCUGACUUUGCAGAUACCAGUUCUGACACCAUAUGAGGAAAUCUGCACAUUAUCUAGGAGAUAAAAUGAUCAUUAUUCUUCAUCAGAGUUAGGUCUGUGUGUUCUGCUACUUUCUGGUACGAGGACUCCUUGUUUAACCUGUCAGGAGAUGUGCACAGAGGCUACUCUAACCUGGACCAAGGUACUUUCUUAUUAUUUCUGAUGCUGUCUGAAAACAGAAGUUAAAAGGUGCUGGUCCCCCUUUAUUAAAAAGCAAAAGCUCUGGAAUUGAGUAGGCACAGUAGGGCAGAGCCCAGUUAAAUCACUGUGGUCAGACUUGGAAUUACUUCCAGUUUGAAUCUGAAGUGUUAGCCUGCCAGUGAAGCGUUUUAAAAACACAGGUUGCUGGGCAGGAUAAGUGUGCUUGAAAACCAGAUGUGGCCUGCAGCAGCUCUUCUUUUUAGUAUGGAAAUUAAUACCAUUAAAAGUAGAGCAUGCUGGCAGUUCAGACUAUAGUGGAGCAUUGUGUAUGGGAUAUGUUGUCUUCAAGGACUUCCUCUCCUUUAUAACAAUGGAAUAUUUUUUGCUGCUUUGCUCCUUUUGCCUUACAGCUCCCAGCAGUGUGGAGCCCAUCCCUCCCUUGGUCAGAUUUGAUCGUUAUCCAGUGAGUAGCAACCCCUGUGAGGAAGAAAGAGCAGUUUUGAUGAUCUGGAAGCAGAGGUUUGGCCACCUUUUGUCUACAGAAUUUCAUCUUCUUGCAAAAAAAAAUAAUGUAUUUUGAAUUCUUCUCAGGGAGCUCUCAGAUACAAACCACUUCUUUCACUGUUUGUGAACUCAUUUCUCUUUUUCUCUUGUACUUUACCUGUAGGUAAAGGGAAAUUGGUACUGAAUAGUGCUGUGGCCCCAAGGCAGCUACACCUCCCUGUGCCCUGUGGAGGCAGAAGGGUGUUUUUCCCCUGUGCCAGGCAAACACUAUGCAAAGCCCUGAGCCAGGCUUUGAUGUUUCUCCUGUAGGGGCUGGCUUGCACUGGCAAGUACAGACUUAAUGUGGGAGAUGGGGCAGGGAGUUUUCAGCCUCUCAGCCUUACCUGUCCCAUUCUUCAUGAUGUGGGUUGGAACAUGCAGGAGUAACUCUCUUUACUGGAUGUUAAACACUAAUAGUUGCCUUCUGCUCCCUAGCUGGAGGGUAGCAAUUUGAUGUACUUUAACAUAAUGUGACUGAAGCCAUAGAAUCACAAUCAUGUGGAGAAAAUCCUUUUAGUGCCUUAUUUUUGUAUCUAAUACAGCAGUUGGAAUAAGGACAGCUGCUUGAACACAAGCAAUAAACUGAGAUGAGCCUGA